CAGCAUGAAGGGACUGUGUCUCUUUGUGCUUUUUCCUUGCCUGUGGAGUAGUGAACUGUGGGCAGACAGUACUACCCAGUCCUGGACUGCUUCUCAGGAAGAUAAUUUCCUAGCAAAAACCUCACCCGUCACAACACCUCUUCUUCAAACACAAGGCUCCCAAGAGAUGACUAUGUCUUCUGAGGUUCCACUAACAGCGCACACAAGUAAACCACCGGGAACUCUCCAAAAACCUGCUCCAGUUCCCUCAGAGUCCAGUCCAGCCCAGGCAUUGUCUUCAAGACCGACCCCACCACCUUCAGAGAAGAAUAAGGACCAGCUUUCUCAGGAAGGGAUGCUGAAGUUAAAACCAUUUCUCCCUCCAACCCAAUCCAGGUUGGAGCCUGGGAGCAGCCCAGCCGGACCAGAGGCAGCCGGCUUAUCCGAUAGGACGCGGCAGUUUCUGGAGAGCUUUUCCAGAAAGCAACUUACUCAAGGAGAAGAGACAGAAAAUUUGUCGGGAGCACGGGGAAAUCGAUCUCCACGGCAAACAUACUUCGGCACCGGCAGCAGCAGCCCCAACGGUGUCAGCCCCCAAAGCUCAAACUUCAAAAAUCCUGGAUUUGAAACGACCAGAGGAAAGAAUUGGUGUGCAUAUGUGCAUACCCAACUCUCACCCACAGUGGUAAUGGACCAAGACACCACUUUCCAGCCUGGACCAAAGCCCUGCCGGUGGACAAGCACAAAUUGUGCAGGAAGCUUUCAAAAGAUAUCGCGCCCAAUCUACAGAAUGAAACAUAAGAUAGUCACAUCCUUGGAGUGGAAAUGCUGUCCUGGAUAUCGGGGAGAAAAAUGUCAACAAAAAGUCCCACCAUCAUCCUCGUUGAUUCAUAGCAAUCAAGCAGAGAGCAGCAGAGCAAUUGAUGAACAAUCUCCAGGUUCCGGGCCGCAGCGGGACUGUUCUGAACAAGAGACACAAAAAAUAACUGACCAGAUUAACCAUCAGGAGGUGAAAUUAACUCUCUUGCAGAAGAAGAUUGAAAAUAUUUCUGUGACCAUGGAUGAUGUGAGGACAACAUUUUCUUCCCUGGAAGGGAAAAUCAGUGAUGCUGAGGGAACAGAAUUUCAAACUUUUCUUAAAGGCUUGAAAUCCAAAAGCAUCAGUGAGCUAGUCAAAGACAGUGUGAGAGAGCAGUUCAAAGUCUUCCAAAAUGAGGUGCAGGAGAACGUAGCCCAACUCUUCAAAGCAGUGUCUACUUUAUCCGAGGGUCUGGAGAGCACAAGGCAAUUAGCUCAGCACGUUAAUGAGAGCUUGGUGUCUAUUAGCUCUCAGCAAAAAGCGAUCCUGGAUCAAGAAAGCACAGCCACUCGGAUGGACCUCUUGGAGCUGAAGAACGACAUUGCGAAUGUCAAGCAAGAAAUGAGCUUUGUCUAUGAGAAACCCAUCAAGGCCCUAGAAGCCAGGCAGAAGGAGCUUGCAGAUUCCUUGGAGUUGGAGCACACCAGAAACAUUCUGUACUACGAGUCCCUCAACAAGAGUCUUUUAAAAAUGCGAGAGGUCCACAAGCAGCUGUUGGCAUCAGACCGGAAAGCGUUCUCGACAGUGCAGGACGACGUUAUUACCGAGGGGUUGCUCGUUCUCCAGGAGAAAGUGAAGAAGCAGGACCUGACGGUGAUAAAAAUGUACGAUGACUUGAACCUGCAAGAGAACAAGGUGAACAACAUCACUGUUACUCUGCAGCUGGAAAGAGCCACUGCUAGGAAGGAAUGUGAAGUGAUUUUGUCCAAGUACAGAAAGGACUUUCAAUCUCAAAUGAAAGACAUGGAAGAGAAUUUGCACAUUUUAAACCAAACGCUGGCAGAUACCCUUUUUCCGAUGUACAAACAAAUGGACAAAAUGAAUGAACAAAUCAAAGAUUUGACUUACGAUAUGGAGAUCCUCCAGCCCUUGACCGAACAGGGGCCACCAUUCCAUCAGUUCGUGGACUCGGAACAAUCCAACAGAGCAGCAGCCAGCAACAGAAAGCUAGACAACCUAACGAGCAUCAUUUACAAUCUCAAACAUUUUGUCAAAGAACUUGCAAAAAGCCACGAGGAAUUUAAAAUUGAGACGCAGGCCAGUAAUCACAUCUUUGAGAGACGUAUCAACGAGUGCACUUUACAAACGGAGGACGGUUUAAAUAAGUCCAUGACCAUUUUAAAUAAUGCGAUUGAUUCCAUCCAGGAUAAUUAUGUGCAAAGGGAGACUUUGACUAGCAAAAACAGCCAUCCUGAGGCUCAUGAUAACUGUUCUGACAAGAUGGGCACCAUAUUGGCUUUCAUCCCUCAGUUCCGCCAGUUGAAUGAAUCCUUUCAUUCUCUGAUUAAUGACAUUUGGAGAAAUCAGACUGUUCUACAGAAUUACAAGGCACUGAAAGAUAGCCCAAAUGGCAAUUACGAGAAAACAAGCCACUCCAACUUUGGGAGACUGGAUCAAAUAUUGAACGGGACCAUUUCUCAAGUGCUUGCGUACCAACAAAAUAUAAGUCAUCUAGAAGAAAAACUCUUUUUGUCAACACAGGCUUAUCAAGAUUAUGCGGAGCGACUACAGAAUUUAGAAUCUAGAGUGACACAGACCUGGAUGCCAUUUUAUAUUUCCUUUAAAAAAGACAGGGACAGGAUGGAGAGAGAUCAGUCCCUUCAACUUCAGGUGUUGAGUUCUAGAUUCAAGGCAUUAGAAGCGAAAUCCAUUUAUUUCUCAGUUGGUUUCUCCCGUCUCAACAGAACCGUCUAUGAAACUUUAGAAAUGUGUCAACAUGCUUCUGACAGGAUUUCACAUCUGAAUGCUAGUAGCCAUCAGUUGAUGCAAGAUUCCCAAUCUGAUUUUAAACAGCUGCAGGAAGAUCUGCUGGGUCUCAUGGAGUCCAAAAUUGAAGCAAAGACUCAAGCUCUCCAGUCUAACAUAACUUGGUAUUUGGAUCAAGUCUCGGAUCAAGCCAAGGCUCAGAAGCAAAUGAAAGCAAGUGUUAAAAAACCUGCCACAUUAAAGAAGCCAGCUGUGAAUCUUAUAACCAUCCUAAAAGGGCGAAAUCAAAGAAACACAGACAGCAUUGAAAAUCCUGCAGAGGAUUUAGACUGCAGCCGCUCUCCAUGCCAAAAUGGAGGAACUUGUAUUAGUGGAAGGAACAAUUUAUUCUGUGCUUGCCGCCAUCCCUUCGGGGGAAACAAUUGUACUGAAAGGCUGACUGAGGAAAAUAGUCUUACUCCAGAUUUUUCAAAAGGCUCUUAUAGAUACGCACCGAUGGUAUCUUUCUUCGUCUCUCAUACAUAUGGAAUGACAGGACCCGGUCCAAUUAAAUUUAACAAUUUGGAUGUCAACUAUGGGGCAUCCUAUGCUACACACACUGGGAAGUUCCAGAUUCCAUAUCUUGGGGUAUACGUUUUCAAGUACACCAUUGAGUCACUUAGCCCCCAGUUGUCUGGCUAUCUUGUAGUUGAUGGAGUAGAUAAGCUUGCGUUUCAGUCAGAAAAUGUAAACAGUGACAAAUACUGGGAUAGAGUUCUCACUGGGGAUGCUUUACUGGAGUUAAAUUACGGUCAAGAAGUUUGGCUUAGGCUGGUGAAAGGAUCCAUUCCAGGUAGGUUUCCCCCAGUGAGUACAUUUAGUGGUUUCUUAUUAUACCGUACAUAAGCUAGUCAGAAACAUAAGAUAUCCCCUUUCCGAUGAAGCAGGCAAUAUUAUUAGUAUUCCUUGAAUGUGUCUCUGUUCUACUUUUGUAGUUUUACCUCAAAUGAAAUCUAAGUUCCUUUUCCUUUUUUAAUGCACAUUUUCCAAAGAUUUGGGGAGUACACAUGCCAGCGUAUAUUUACUUCAUAAUCUCAAUUUAAAGACCCCUUAUGUAAACUGGAUGUGACUAGACUAAAAUCUUUCUUCUAAGGAAUUACUAGAUCAAUGUAACAAAAUUAAAAUAGUUUUAACAACUCUGGAAAAUUCUGAUUGGAAGUAACUUGGCAAAAUGAGAUUCAUAGUCACAACGCAUUUUCCAACAGUAGCAGUUGUAAAUGGAGUACUGUUGUGCUUGCACUUUUUCUCUUACCUGCAAAUAACUUUCCUAAAUGCACGUAUUAAAAUAAAAAUUUCAAUUCAAA